AUGGAGUCGCAUAGUGUUGUUAACGCACGGUUCAGCUACCAUGCCAUCUUCAGCGAUAUCUGUAAGACUAGGUUUAACCAUCUAGUGAGGCGGUUGUUUUUGACGACCACGGUAUUGCAAGCUGUUGCCGUGCAGCUGCUGACAAACGCGUUUGCGUCGCCGUUGGAGAGUGCGUUGCUUGUUGUGCCCAAGAUGCUUGCGCUAUAUGUGGCUGCUCUGCUGAUUAUAAUAACGAGGAAGAACUAUCUACAUGUGAGAUCUCUUGGUUACUCUACCGUUUCGACGCAAGCUUUGGGCCAGAUAUUUUUGUUCCGGUUUACCGUGUAUCAGCUGAUAUUUUCUGUCAGCAGUUUUGCAACCGCAUUGGCCAUUGGGGACUGUCUCGGGCUCUCGUCAGGCUCGCCUGUUGCGUACAAUGGGUCAUUGUAUGGACAAUUCUACAGACUGUACGUCUGGUUGUUGAUCCCAACAAUUUACAAUCUGCAACAUAACUUGUUUGAUUUGGAUAAAUUGAGCUUUAAUUUCGUGAGACAGUUUCAACCGCCUCAGACGUACAUAGCGUCCAAUCUAACAAAGAUGGUUUUCAAGUCUCUAUUUCUGUCUGGCCUUUUAACUGUGCUAUCUCCGUUUGCGUUUGCCCUUUUGGCACCCGUUUGGUACACUGGUAUUUUGUCAGCACUCAAAUUGGCCGUUUUGUCAUUCCUGGUCAUCUUGCAUUUCGAGUUUGUCAAUAUAUCAUUUGACGCACAUUUGUCCAUUGGCUGUUUGCAUAAGGGUAAGCCCAUCUCGUCGUUGUCCUCGACGCCUAUUGAGACGCUUGUCAGUGGGCUAGCGUCGAAGAAACCGUUCACGAAGCUGACUGCCUUCCAAGAGCUGUCCUACAGAGCCACUUUGCUAGAUCCAUCUUUACGAUUACCAAUUUACGAAAACUCACAUAGAGGCACCAACAUGUGGCCAGUUAUUAUGAAGGAAUGUUUAGCAGUCAUCCAAGAGACUAACGAGACGGUCGGGAAAUAUUUGACCACUGUGGAGAGAACUUUACAAGGAACUAGUAAGCAUGAGCGUUUAAACCCAACCCCAGAGUUUUCAAAUGAACCUCUCUUUGGCAACUCGCCGUCCUUGUCGAAGCGUGGCUUCCGUGAUGAUCACAACCUCAAUUCCGAUGUGGUACCGAAUGGUAUGGGAUACCGCACUAUGCCCCUACGCGAUGAAAAUAUCUUUCUUAACAAAUAUGAUCGCCUCAAGCGUAACGAUAUCAAUAGCGCUAUAUACAGGGACGAAUUUUUGUCUCCAAGGUACAUUGACUCUCAACACUCUGUGAACGACACCAUAUUCACUCACAAUACAAAAAUCUCCAAGUUGAUAUCUCUGAUAUCCAAUAGGUUACAAAGAGUGAUGACCAAUUUUUUCUUCCCAUCCACCUUGCCGAUUGAUGGUAUCAUGGGGAACAAAAUGCAACUAUCCGUGUUCGAGGCCUGGUGUCUAUCCAAGAGUCGACAAGCGGAAAAACUUGUGCCCCUGUCAAUAUGCCAUGCAGAAAGCGUUGUUUCGUUGAUGGGGUUCCUAAUAAACGGACUGGAGGAAUCGCCAAGAGGCCACGUCGUAGCAUCUGUAGGUGACGUGUUGAAGCAAUUGGUAAGAUCUGUUGGUAUCUUGGGCAGGUUCUCGGACUGGAAUCCAGAUGUGCAACGUAAGAGUGGCACUACGAACAAGGAAGAUGAUAACUCAUUGGAUGUUAUUUCCAUACUGUACGAGUUGUCCAUCAAUGCAUUUUUGGAGAUCGUGUUAAAGUACGGCGUGCUACUAAACGACGUCCACCUGGAUGAUGAUGUGGUCAAGUUGAGCAAGUGGGUAUUGGACAUGUGUGACGCAUGA